AUUGCAUGCGCAUGCGCGAAAAUACACCGCAUAUAUGUGGUGUGGCCUGGUUGCGUAGUUCGAGAUGGCUGCGAAAGGGACGAGCGAGGGUUUAUUUCAGAAAUAAUACGCUGAUUUUGGUCGUGGGUAAAUACUUGAUUGUCAAUCCUUUCUGAGAACAGGACAGAUAAUAAUUAGAGUCUGGAAAAUAUAUCAAUCAAAGAGCUUUUCCGUUUCCGUUAUUUUCACGCGCGCGCUUUAGGCAAUAGCGUCAUUUCAAACGGGCGCGCGCUUUUUUGGAAUUUGAUUUUCAAUCACAUUUUAUUGCGUUUUUAUAGAAAACAAAUCCCAAGCAGUUUGCUUAUAUUCCUUCACAUGUACAAAACAUUCUGUUCAACUUAGCGAUGAUCGAUUUUCGGAGCUCUGCACUCGACAAGGUCUAGCGGGAAUCGACCCUCCUUAGGCACGUCCGUUAUUGCGCGCGCGCUAUCGUAUUUCAACUUUUGCCGUGAAGAUCGCUGAUUGGUACAUGUUCGCGCAUGCGCAUGCAAUAAAUACUGGACCCUCUUUCACGCGAGCCAAAAUGUCGAGCGCAAAGAGUCCCAGGUCUGGACUACCUAAAGGUAGUGUGUAAUUAGUGUUGAGAAGAGGAAAGUUGGUUUGUAUGAGUAAAAAAGUUAAACGUAUUCGCGCGACCAGAUUUCAGCCUCUUCACCAACAAAAAUGUCUUACGCUGUAAAAAUAAAAAAAAAUUAAAAAAAUCGAAAGGGAUGCGUUGAACGAGUUCGAGGGAAAAAAGUAAAAACGGUCUUUGACAGUGUGAGUAGCAAUUACCGCUAAUUGUGAUGGCCUAAUUUUUUUUAGCGUGCUAUUAAUUAUUGAUGACGUAUUAGAAUGCGCCUAAUUCACACCUGGCUGAUAAACUGACGAUCGCUCUGAUCAAGAUAAAGAUUCUUGCAAACCCACAUCAUCAAAAUCAAGCUGCUUUUAAAGCCAAGAUACAAGUUAAAAGGAGAGUUUAAACCUGGAUCAGAGAUACAUUUUGUCGUCAUGGAAGCGCAGAUGUGCUUUACAGAAGAAGUGACAAUCAACACUGAGGUGACAAGGAGGACCCGACAGCACUGCAUUUUGCCCGAAUUUCAUUUACAAUUUCACCUAGUAGCAAAUAUGUCACGUCACUUUAACAAACAUGAAAAAGGCGACCAGAAUCCUAUGGCGACGGAAUUAGACGAAAAAGCAAUAUCCUCCCGGACAACAUCAGCCAACCGGACAAGACGGCCGGACAGUUACCGUUCAAAAAACUCUGAAAAUACGGACAGUCAUCGGUCAAGAAAGUCGGAAAGUCAUCAGUCAAGAAAGCCGGACAGCCAUCGAUCUUGUAUUUCAGACAGCUAUCGGUCUGAGAUGUCAGGGAGUUUAACAUCUAGAAAAUCAAACAGCUACCGGUCCGGAAUGUCGGACAGCGAUCGUUUCAAAGAGGUGCCAAGCAGGAGUCCUGUGUCUAGAGGGUACCCAAGGGAAUGCACAGAUUUGAGUGAGUUUACCAAUGACAACAAGGCAGUGCGCAUGCGUACGGCCCACUUGCGUUGGCUCCAGGACAAUAACGUGUACAUGAACAACAGCAUGAAGGCCUGGCAGCGCAGCCUACGGGAACACCGGCCUAGCAACAGCGCGCGGUACCCCAUCCGGAUGACCACGCCCAAGCUGCCAAUCGACCCGGAGUGGGACUUCAACGACUUCCGAGUACAUAUUUACCACAGCAGUCGUGAUGGGUUAUGGGUAAAGGAGUGGUUACUAGGCAUGCUGUCUGUUCGUCGGUUCCAGGUCACCACGAACAGACAACCGUGUGAAGACUGUGACCGAGUCAUCGUAGUACUCAGUGCCAGGCUUCUGCGGACACGGUUGGCCGAGGAAGCCUUGGAAUCCAUGAAGGGACGUCUCGCCUUGGUGGUCCGAUUAGAUGAGUGCGAGGGCGAAAGAGCGCAAGCAAUCGAGAACAUGUGCCACUCCUGGCUCGACCUGACGUUCUUCGACAUGUCUGACAGCACUUGUCAAUAUCAGAUGAUGUCACGCCUACUCAAGGAGCUCGACUUGCCUGUAUCCGUCUGUUCUGCAUGACGUCACGAUCUGUUGCCAUCGCAACAAAAUUGUGUGCUAUGUUGACAUCACUAUUCUCACGUUAUCAUGUUGAAAAGGGCGAACAAAAUGAAUGUUAUGUGAAGAUAGUCCCAUGUGUGUUUAUUAUUAUGACGUCAUCAAAUGUUGAGAUGCUUAGAAGUGUUGCCAUGGUGAAGAUGUGCACCACAGUGACGUCACAAAGUGUUGGGCGGGUGGGAAAAGUUUGACGUCAUAUUGUCUCUGCAUGAACAUUUAAUAAAACGUGACCUCAUAAGAUGUUGCUAUAUGGGAGGUGCGGCUGUGUAGUACACGGUAGCUAACACAGAUAAACUCUUUUUGACGCCAUGAUCCGAUGAUAAGCAUGCAGAAUUUUGAUAAUCCUUCCUACACAGCACUAUUUUUACCUUAUCAAAUAAUAAUGAAUGUAUAAUAAAUUGUGCAUCAGUUGCGUCACGUAACAGUUAAAGGUGCCAUGUGAGAAAUAAAUUUGGUUUUCUUGA